UACAAUUGCUGCAUAGAUGUGCGAAAAAUGUGAGAAAUCUGUAACGUAAAGUGUGUGAAAAAUGAAAAUGUUGCCGCACCGCAAACGACUCCACGUCUGGAUCCCGCUCACCAUCUUAGCGUUCUGUCAAGUAACGGCAAGUACGAAACCAAUUAUCUCGCCGGACCAAGAACAAAUUGUAAUAAACGAAGGAGAAUCUUUAGAGAUCACAUGCACUAGUAACACAGAAAUUGAGUUUCUCUAUCCUAAAGCCUUUGAAGAAUCGGUUAAUACUUCAAAUGCAAAAACGAAAAUAACGAGAAAUUUUGAAAAUAACACUUACACAUGUGUUUUCCAAAGGCCUAAGACUGUUUUCGGCGAUACAGGCCGGUACAGCUGCAUCGAUCGCGAUGAUGAAGAAAGCUCGUUGUACGUUUAUGUGAAAUCCAAUACAAGUUUAUUCGUGGAAGCAGAUACAUAUGCUCAUCUCAGUGCAGUUGCUGGCGACAGUAUUGUAAUACCAUGCAGAACUACAUCACCAGAUCUAAUACCCAUCUUGUCUGACAAUAAUGAAGAACAAAUAGAAGAGGCAUCAUUUGAUCCGAGAAUUGGUUUCACAAUUAAGAACCUGCUAGUAAAACAUAGUAAUUGGUACAAAUGUUUGAUAGAGAAGGACGGCGAAGAGCACGCGGUCAAUUACGUGUUGUCUGUGCAUCUAAAACAAACUUUACCUGAACCAAAAAUUCAAGACGAGAACUUGCUACAUGUUACACGCGGACAAGAUCUCUACGUGAAUUGUACCGUGGAAGUGGAGAUAUCUAUGCGAUAUGUGUUUGAUUGGAACACACCACAACAGAAUAAUAGUAAUAGAAUAAGCACUCAACAAUUCAGGAAACAGCUUGACGGAAAUUCUGUACUAGAUACGUGUCAGUUGACGAUACUUAAUGUAACAGACAAGGACGCGGGAGAAUAUGAAUGUGUCAUUAGGUCGAUUCAUGAUAUCAAGAAAGUAACGAAGACUAUCACGAUACAUGAUCCAGAAAUAAAAUAUAUUAAUCUUGUGCCUCAGCAUACUGAUAAAUAUUAUCAAGCAGAAAGUGGCAGCUACGUUCAAUGGGUGGUUUAUGUCGAUGGAUAUCCCAAACCCCAUUUACAAUGGUUCAAACCGAAUCACGAGGAAAUUAUAGAAAACACAAAGUAUUUUGUAAAUACAAGUGCAACGGCAACCAUUUUAAAAAUAAUCUCAUUAAACGUAAUGGAUACAGGAAAUUAUACACUUGAAGCCAAAAAUGAUUACAUGAUCAAAAAAUUAAACUUUACACUUGACGUUAUAGCUAAGCCAGUUUCCAUAUUAACAACUAUUGAACCUUAUUAUCCACCUAACGAAAGUACAGAAUUUCGUUGCGAAGUAGUUUCUAAUCCGCCUCCAAACAUAACAUGGAGUUUUUUAAAGUGUCCUAAUUAUCCAUCACUUGAGGAUUCAGUAAUUAUAUAUCCAACGGACGUAACGCAAAGCGCAGUUUACAGAUCUAAAUUCGAAUCGACAGUAAGAAUGCCUAUCGAGGUAUCGGGGAGAAUAACUUGUAAGACUUGUAAUGUGCUUGCCUGUGAUUCUGUGACUGAAAAUAUUCUUGUGUCCGAUGGAGUGGGCGCAUUUGGCAUUAUUGCGCCAAAAGAACCUGUGACAAAAGGUGAUGAUAUAGAAUUAAUAUGUGCCGCUUCUGUUUAUAAUUAUACCAACGAUUUUACAUGGACUAUAUUCGUAAAUCAAACUGAAAAGCCACUUGUGGAAACAGAAAGAUUACAGAUUGUGCAGUAUAGAACCCCAUUUACUUAUCGAUCUUCAUUAAAGAUUUAUAAUGUCGAAGAAUCAGAUGCCCAAGAAUAUUUCUGUACUGGCAAAAUAAUGAAUUUGCAUCAUGAAUUUUCAGACGCUCUUUCUGACUACGACAACUACAAAUUAGAUAUUUUCGAUCCAAUCCCACCGUUUUUCACCAAAACUAAUAUGAAUAAAACUGAAAUACGAACUAUCGAUGUGAUUGCCGAAGGACACAAGACAGUGAUUUUGCAAUGUUUCGCAGCAGGAAUGCCAAAACCAACAAUGGCCUGGUAUAAAGAUGAUACAUUGCUAAAGGAAAAUGAUCAAUACUUUUUUAAAUAUAAUUAUCAAGAACUUAAUAUAAGAUACUUGAAGCAACACGAUAGCGGAAAAUAUUCAUGUCAGGCUAUUAGUCGAUUGGGUACCAAUGAGACUUUCCAGCAGAUAACGGUGAAAAAUGCAAAAGGACACAAACAUGACGUAAUAUUUGCUGCUAUAGUAGCUAUCCUUGGUUUAAUCCUACUGAUUGUAGCAAUCUUUUUUACGAUUAAGAUUCGUCGUGAAAAGAAAAUGCGAAAAGAAUUGAUGGAAGCGGGUCUUAUGCACUUUGAAGAAGGUGCUUUAGAAUGUUUAAAUCCUGAUUUGACGGUUGAUGAUCAAGCGGAAUUACUUCCUUAUGAUAAGAAAUGGGAAUUUCCAAGAGAACGAUUGAAGCUAGGAAAACAAUUGGGCAGUGGCGAGUUCGGAGUAGUAAUGAAAGCGGAAGCGCAAGGAAUAUGUGAAAAUGAAACCGUUACUACCGUUGCCGUGAAAAUGGUUCGUCGAACCACUAAUCCAACUUAUGUUCGUGCACUUGCAAGUGAACUAAAAAUUAUGGUGCAUCUUGGCAAGCACCUAAAUGUCGUCAAUCUACUUGGUGCUUGCACUAAAAAUAUUUCAAAACGUGAACUGUUAGUAAUUGUUGAAUACUGCCGCUUUGGAAAUUUACACAAUUAUCUUUUAAGACAUAGAAAUGAUUUCAUCAAUCAAAUUGAUCCAAAAACUGGGAAACUCGAUCUUAAUAUUGGUAUGGAUAUAUUGACAAGAACUGCCAGCAUCAAUAGUAAUAACAGGAUAAAAUAUGCCGCAUUGUCCUUUUCUCGCAGUCUUAGUGCGAAUUCAGAUACCGAUAUAGUGGUACACUAUUGUCCGGGAUCGAAUCCUGAUUCUGGAGAGAUUAAUUUCUCGCCAGACGGCUGCGUCAGCAGUAAUUUAUCUCAGCCAGGUUGGAGAUCAAAUUACUGCGGUGAUUACAAAGAUCAAAAUCUCAAGCCAAUCUGCACUCAAGAUUUAUUGUCUUGGGCGUUCCAAGUAGCACGUGGAAUGGAAUAUCUCAGUCAAAGAAAGGUGUUGCAUGGUGAUUUGGCGGCAAGAAAUAUUUUGCUUGCUGAGGACAAUAUAGUAAAAAUUUGUGACUUUGGUUUAGCAAAAACUAUGUACAAAGAUGGUAAUUACAAAAAAAAAGGUGAUGGUCCAGUGCCCAUAAAAUGGAUGGCCAUUGAAUCGAUCAGAGAUCGAAUUUUUUCAACGCAAUCCGACAUAUGGAGCUUCGGCAUAGUACUUUGGGAAUUUUUUACUCUGGCUGAGACGCCGUAUCCCGGUAUGGAGGCAGAGAAACAAUAUCAAAAAUUGAUUGAGGGAUACAGAAUGGAGCAGCCAGAGUAUGCUAUUCGGGAAGUAUAUGACAUAAUGUUACAAUGCUGGAAAGCCAAACCGACGCUACGACCAAGCUUUACGGAUCUUGUAGAGAACAUAGGAAAUUUAUUGGAAGAAAGCGUGAGAAUGCACUAUAUCAGCUUAAAUACACCAUACAUGGACAUGAACACAAUGAACUUGGAGAGCGGUAAAGACGACUAUCUGACGAUGAUGUCCGCGCCAGAUCACGCGGUUUUAUCAUCGCCAACUCACGAAUACGUAAACUCGCCAUUCUCAAAAGGCGCAUCAGAUUCGUCGUACUUAUGCAUGAGUCCCGGUUGUCCGACGGACGAGUCUGGUAUAUUUAGCCCUAGACCACAGGACCAUACGCACUUCGAAUUCCCGUCACCUGCAUCGGACUCCGAGGAUCCGGACGCGGUCGAGCAGUCUCCCAUGCUGAACCAUGAAGAUCCCUAUCUGAAGCCGAUCAACGUUCAAGAGCGAAGGGCGGAGUUUGCGCGGCAGAGGCAAGCGAUGAAGAAUCAAAUGGCCGACAGACCGAUUGAUCGAGAUUCUGGUUAUUGUAACACGCCGCGAAAUCUUCAUCUGAUAGAUCUGAACAUCAUUGAUGAAAAUGUUACGCAACCGGACACGAUAGACUCGAGAAUAAAAGAUUACGCGCCGUCCAUUAUUAGCACGCAAGACAAUUAUGUAAAUAUGCCAAAACAAAAAAAUGAUCUAAGAAAAGGUAUGCCAGAUAGUUUUAGCAAUCCUAGUUAUGUGAUGAUUAGUAACCGCGAAAUGGACCAGAGAGCUUAAUCCAUUUAGAGAUUUUAAUCGCGCGCUCUUGUGUAACUACCCGAUUAUUUUAAGAGUAAAGUUCAUUGCGAUUUAGUAAUUUAUAGCAUAAUUCUAUACCGCAGUGAUUUUACUUCGUACUGUCUUAAUUACAAUUGUAUCUAUACCCUCUGAAAGCCAAACCUGAAGAAAACAGAUUGUGCGCAGAGUCUGCUGUCAGAACCUGAUGCUAGAAAAGCAACAGAUUUCAAAUAUACUUUGUAAUGUCUGUCAGAACUGACAGAACUUGUUGACAUCCUCUGCAGCAGAAAUAUGCUGACAGCACCUGACGUCAGAUUGGUAACAGAAAUUUAAUAGACUCUGCUGUUUUCUGCUGGCAACUACUGCCAGUAUGUUAAUGUUAAAAUAACGUGUUCUGUUAACAAAAUGUUAGCAAAAUGGGACCUCAGAGUCUGCUAACAUUUUCUGAUAUUCUGUUGCCAGUCUGCUAACAUUUUGCCAUCAUUUUGCUGACUGGAAUAAUAAUACGCGAUAAUAUAUCAAAAAUUUAAUAUUUUUAAAUAUUUCUCAAUUAAUGUGCCAUGGCGAUAUAGAAUGUCGAGGAUGCAACAGUAAGUAGAAGUAAAAAGAAUAUUUUCUUAUUAGAUAUCUCGCACAGCGAGAGAGUGGAACAGUAUAUUUAAACAUGGUAUGCAAAUAUUUUUAUUUUAUUUAUUUUUUUGUAACAAUUUAUGCGAGCUUCUAGUUUACAAAACUUUUUUACACUGUUUUCUCUCAUCUUAUUUGUAAGAAUAAUUUUAUAUUAAACAACUUAAAUUACUUUAUUAAAUUACUUUUCCAUUAAUAAGUAGGUAUAAAAAAUUGCCACUAACUUUAAGAAUUAUUAACAUUUGAAUUAUUUGAUGCAUUCAUUAACGUACUCAUUUAAAAAAUCUAAGAAUUAAAUACGUUUAUUAAGCUAUAAAUUUGUAAAGAUAUUAUUUUCAAGUAAAUAUAAUUAAUGUAUGUGGUAAUCGUGACUUAAGAGUUACGCGUUUGCUUUCUGUGCCAAGUUCAGAUCCAUCCAGAACAUAUCAGAUUUUUAAGUGAUCACUCUUCUCGAAAGGUAAUGAUAAACCAUCGAGAAUAUCUUUGCUAUGUCGCUAAAGCAUGCAUAAAAGCAUACAUAAAUUGGAUCUUCAAUCAUCAACCGAUUUGAUAAAAAAUAUAUAAGAUAUGACAAAUUAUGUAUAUCUAUAUACAUCAGUGCAUCAUUGAUCUAUUGCUAUAUACAUUAUAGCAUCUACAUACAUCAUUGCAUUAUCGAUCUAUUUGUUUACACGGAAUGUAUCAUUGAGUAAGAAUGUGUACAUUUACUUGUAUUUGUUAUCUAAGAUUUCAAAUCUAGAUACUUAAUUAGGGUAAUUGUAGGAUAUCAUUAAUUGUAAUAUUACGUUACAAUAAUGAAUAUCACCAUAUGUACAACGUUAUGCUUAAAAGUAUAACUAAGCAAGAUAAUACAUAGAAAAUAAGAAAAUGCGUUAUAGUUGAUUUUUUAUUUGGUUACUAACAUAUAUAUGUUUUAUCCAUCAAAAUAUAUAUAGUUAUUAAAUUGUUUUACCUUUUUACUUUAUCAUGAAAAACAUAGUCAUGACAGAGCAUUCUUUUAUUAAUUUUUUUAUAAAAUAUAGUUUUAAAAAGUUUUAUACUGUGCAAAUGCAUAAAAGUGAUUAAUAUGUGCAAAUUAUAUGUUCUUUUUAUAUGUAUAUAAAUGUGCGCGUGUGUGUGUAAUAAUAAGAGAUAUGUAAAUAAAGAUCUCGACAAUUUGUACUUAACAUUCAUAAUAUUUUCUUUAUUAAUAUUAAAUUAUAUUAAGACGAAUUUUUGUAAAAAUAAAAUAUAUAACAUAUGAAAUGCAUAAUGUUAUAGUAUUGAAUUUUUAUUAAAAAGCGGAAUAAUUGGAUAAAAAUAUAUAAGCAAAAAUAUUUAAACAACUCUAAUAUGCAAAGUAUUCAACAACAGGUAGACCAAAUUUAAGAAAUAAUUUUGUAGAUGAUAAAAUAAGACAAAAA